UAGCUGAGACGCCGCCGCUGCCGUGCGCUCUGUGCUUGCCCAUCCGCUGGCGCACGCGUGGACCUCCGCUGCUCCGCCUAGCCGCCGUUCCACCCUGCCCUCCCCUCCCUCCAGCAGCCUCAGCUCUCGCCCGCCUCCUCCCACCGCGCAGCGCACCGCCGCAACCACCUUUGCCAUCAUGUCUGCCGCCGACGCGCCCACCGCUGCCGUGCACCAGCACCACCACGGCUCGUCGCUCUCGGGCGACCUCAAGCGCAAGCGGAGCCCUUCACACGACCACGUCCAUCCCGCUACCGCGCAAAAGGCCGCCAAGACGUCGAGCAACCACCUCCAGAUCAAUUACCUCGCCCGCCACUGCGAGAACGACCUGCCGCUUCUGACCAAUGACGACACGCUUCCCAACAUCCUGUCGCUGCUCAGCGACUACCAGGGCGUGCUGGACCGUCACGAAAGCAUGGCCUGCAACCUUGGCGCUCGUCCGCUCGGUCCCAUCUUGGUCAAGAGGUUCGAGCGCUUGUUCGAUGGCCCGCCGCGCGUCUUGAAGAGCCAUGGGAAGGAUGGAACUACAGUGACGUGGCUGGACGUGGUCGAGUUUGCGCGCAACAAGCCCGAGCAGUUCCAGCUGGGACAGAUGAGCGAGGGCAUACGAGUUUGCCAGUUCUACACCAAGCAGUGCCGCGUGCAGAUAUCGGAAGAGGAUUUUGUUCUCAUUUCCUCGGGCAUUCCACAGAAGAUGAUCCCUCCGCAACCCAUCAUCGAAGACGAAGAAAAGGAACUGGGCACACUCGAGAUACUCGAGCGCAACCUGGGACAAAUCUGCCAGUUGGCCGAUCAAGUCGCAGCCCGAACGCGACAGUUAAAUCACAGGCUCAAGGGGCGGAAACAAGCCAUCCUGGACCGCAGAGCCACCGCUAGUCCCGCUCCGCCUAUCCGCCCCUCGAGUCCAUCCAACGUUGCGCUGAUGAAUGGAACAUCGCAAGUGGCCGCGACCCCUACUCAUCCUAAUCCGCCAACGCAAUCCUCCCCCGGUGGGUUCGUGGCAGUCAACUCUCGCCCCCACGUAGAAAAUGGCGCGUCGUCAUCUACGCGACAUGAACUCAUGGUAAAGUUCCACACCUCGACCGAGCGGCGGACACCGUCUCAACCCUCAAAUGGUUCAGUCGAUGCUCGACGGCCAUCGAUGGGUUCCCAUACCCUGUCCCACUCUGCCCCGCCACCACCUCAGGCGCCCAAGCCUGCUAAACCUGCCGACCUACCACCUUCAGCUCUUGCCCAACAGCGACCAUCACACAUGUCUGACUCGGAACUCCACCAGGUCAUGAAUUCGCCCGUGCCUAUACCGAAUACGCCUUCAAGUCUACUUCCCGCGGCUAGCCAACGGGCCCAACAGCCUCAGGACAAGGACGAUGGUGGGCCGUUCAAAGCAGAAAUGGUCCACCGUAUGGAGAGCCUCGCAAAAGGCGAACGCAUCCUCCCACCCUGUGACCGCUGUCGCAGAUUACACAUGGACUGCCUCAAGAACCUGACUGCGUGCAUGGGCUGCACCAAGAAGCAUGCAAAAUGUUCAUGGCGCGAAGUGCGCGACAACGAGCUUCGGAGCGGCACGUACUCUCAUCCCCCUUCGACUGGUAUGAUGAGCGGCAUGCACAGCGAGAGUGACGAGGGUGAAGUUGGCUCAGGCAGUGGCCAUGGCAUGCAUAUUGAGAGGGCGAGCACAGGAAGCCCAGCUGGCAUGCUGAGUCCCCAACGGGGUGGCUUAACUCCUUCACAUAUCGGCCCUUCGCCUGCACAGCACCUCUCAUCCGAACACCGCAUUCCAUCAUCACGCAACUCGCCACCGCCUCAUGAGAGGGAGCAGAGUCGAGGUGUGGAAGCGCAACUUCAGGAGGCUGCGAAGAGUGGUCUUGCGCACGCAAGUGCGAGGUUAGGCGCGCCGCCUGAGACCAGCAAACCGCCCGAGUAUCAAGCUAUGGUGGCUUGACUCGCGCCGUAGUCCGGGGAUGCUGUUGACACGCAUCUCGACGCACGCUAUCUGAACCAUAUGCCCGUGGGACUUCUGCGUGAGGGUGGCUCACGUCGCACGACGAUCACUGUCCAACAAAAUGACUUUUUUUUUCUUGUAGCUAUGUUUGAGAGCGAGCACGGUUGAGAUUCAUCUUGACUCUCAGAAUGC